CUGAAUUGAAGAAAAUCAAAAACAUGGAACCAGAAGUUACUAUCAACAAGACUGAUGUUGUGGCUGACAUACAUCCCUGCUAUGAAAUAGAUAACUUUAACUACAUACUGAAGAGCACCCCUUCUGUUAUAUGUGUAUUACUAUAUGUUUUCCUUGUACUUUUGUCUGUUAUUACAAUAUGUGGAAAUCUUCUUGUUAUAAUCUCCAUAAUUUACUUCAAACAGCUCCACACACCCACAAACUACCUGAUUCUCUCUCUGGCUAUGGCUGACCUGCUUGUUGGGAUUGUAGUUUUUCCUUUCAGCAUGGCGUUCUCUCUCAGCUCAUGUCUGUAUUAUGAAAGUUUAUUUUACAGAUAUUAUGCUGUGUGUCAGCCUCUGACAUAUAAAACUAAAAUUAACCAUUGUGUUGUUGUGAUCAUGAUCCUGGGGAGCUGGGGUAUCUCUGCUCUCAUUGGAAUUGGUGUAAUAAUUGCAGGAUUAAACAAUGAAAAAUGUGAGGAAAGGUGUUUAAUCGAUGUUCUCAUAGCAAACACUAUUGGACCUAUUUUAUCAUUUUACCUCCCAGUGAUCAUAAUGCUCUGUAUCUACCUAAAGAUUUUUCUUGUUGCUCAGAGACAGGCACGCAGCAUCCAGAACACAACCUGUCACAGCACAAAGUCUGGAGCUGCUGUCAGUAAGAUGGAGAGAAAGGCCACAAAAACGCUGGCUACUGUUUUGGGAGUUUUUCUUGUAUGUUGGACUCCUUUCUUUUUAUGCAUCACCUUUCUGCCUUUUUCUAAUAAUCCAGUACCAGUUAAUGUGAUUGAGACUCUUAAUUGGCUUACAUUGUCAAAUUCAAUGCUGAAUCCAUUUAUCUAUGCUUUCUUUUACAGCUGGUUCAGAUCAGCUUUCAGAAUGAUCAUUUCAGGGAAAAUAUUCCAAGGGGAUUUUGUUAAUGCAAAACUUUUUUAAAUUAUUGAUUGGUGUACUCAUCAGUAUAAUUAACACUGGCACCAUGCAUGACUCUCACAGUUGAUGUGUUGGACAAUAUCUAUGAGCUGGUUAAGUGUCUGAGAUACAACCACUGGUGCUUCAUAGGGAGCUGUCCAUGAUUGCAGUCAUGUAAAUGAAAAACACUGCCUUACUUGCAGUAUUUGCAGUAGAGGCAUGUAUGUAAUCAUUGUAAAAUAUGGUAUAAACAAACUGUAUGCAACAUUUCUAACUCCUGGAACCUAUUGACAUAACUGGACUUGGCAUCAUAAUUAUAGGAACAAA